CCCACUCUCAUUCACCUCACAAUGACUGUUUCUCUGUUUGUUCCACUGCUGUCGGUAAAGAUGGAGCUGCAUCUGGCCAUUCUUACCCUCGCUGUUUGUCUCUCAGCUGAUGCUCAAUUCAUACACAGGGAUUUCAAAAUUAAUGGAUGUUCUGAGACAGAGAAAGAUUCCAUGUGUGGAUCUAAUGGAGAUGAGAUAUGGCACGCUGACUUUAUUCAAAAGAUGGGAGUAAAUACAUUACCAAAUUUUGCAGAUCCUUUGCUCUUCCCAGGAUUUUAUGAAUCAAGCGUUGCAGAACAAGAAACAUGCCAGCAAAACUUAGCUGUAUGCAUUAAAGCUUACAAGAGCCCUCCAGAGGAAAUGGACCCCCCCGAGACGUCCAUCUAUACGAAGAAUGAUGUUCAGCUGGGUGUUGAGAACUCCCUCGUCUGUCACGUUACGGGCUUCUUUCCUCCGCCGGUCAACAUCUCGUGGACCAAGAACAAUGUCAUUGUGAAGGAUAGAGUUAGUACGAGUCAGUACCGACCGAGGGAUGAUGGCACCUUCCACAUCUUCUCCUCUAUGGAUAUUGUUCCCAAAGAGAAAGACAUUUACAGCUGUACGGUGAACCACAGAGCCCUGCAGGGCCAAACGCAGACCAAAAUAUGGGGUGUCCCAGAGAUGGCUGCGGUCCCGGACCGUCUGGGUCCGGCCGUGUUCUGUGGAGCAGGGUUCACCUUGGCUCUGCUGGGAGCAGCCACGGGAAUCUUCUUCUUUAUUAAAGGAGCUGCAACCGACAACACAGACACGGCAAAAAAAGAAAAACUUUUCAUGCAGUGGACCUACCGAUAAAGAGAGUUGUUGGAGGAUUCUGAAUGCAAUGAUGCAAUGUUUUGUGUGCCAUUUCUGUG